GAUGUCGAUUUUGACGUGCUCGGAUGGUGGAAGCGGAACGAACACAUGUUCCCAUGUCUCGGCAUGCUAGCAAGACAAGUGUUGUCCGUCCCAGUAUCAACCGUAGCAGUUGAACGAGAAUUCAGUGCUGGCGGCAACAUUCUAACCGACUACCGAAGUUGUCUUAACGCUGAAUCUCUUGAAACACUGGUUUGCAACCUAGAUUGGCUCUUGGCAAGACGUCGGGCUCAAGAGUCAUCGUACCAACUCAAAUCGGAGCAUUACAUGAAUGCAACCACAGAUGAAACAUUGAUUGAGAUCCAAAAAUUUUCUUUUCAUUCUUGUGCUUGAUCAUUUUGUGUUUAACAUCACGCAAGGACAUGUUCGUCAAUUCAAUCAUUUUAGACAUCUGUAUAAAUUAAGCAAAUUUAAAUUAAAAAAGGUGAAUAGUAUUACAUUUUUGGGACACAAGUUUACAUUUGUGUCCAAGACAGUGGGGAAAAAAGCAUGGUUCUUCAAUUAUGCUUCCAAUUACAAUUGCAAUCUUCCUCGGGGUUGCAAACUAGGGUAGAAACGCAGGGAACCUAAAUGCAGAUACAAAAAGCCUGCAAAUCAAGAAAAAUAUCCAACACAAAUUCAAUGUAAAAUAUGACAAAGUAUAUUGUGCUAUAUUUGACUCCAUUCCAAUUGAUAUCCUAAGAUAGGAGGUGAUGGACAGGACUCAAUCUAUGAGUCUUCAGUCUGCAAGACAAACCAAUAGCCAUUUGGUUGCUGAAAUAGAUAAACUCAAUGCUGGCCGCAGAAAACAAAGAAAUUUUGAUUGCCUCAGUUAAAUCCAGAAAAUUCAUAUGAAUGCAGUUUCCCUGGGAGGUUCGCCCUGCAUAGCAGGAACCCAGAUCCACCACAUCUCAGGUUAAAUGGAUUAAAAUCCUCACUAGCAAUCACUAAAAAAAGAUUGUGUAAAUAAAUAAAUAAUUCAAAGGUGAAAUAUUAAGAUAAAGAUUUGCCUCAGUUAAAUCCAGAAAUAUCAUAUGGAAUGACUUCACACAGGAGGUUCAUCCUGGCAAGCAGGAACCUGGCUCCACCACACCUCAUUUAUAUGGAUUUGAUCAUCAAUGGCAAAAGUUUGAUAAAAUCGAGCAUAUGAAGAUGGUUAUCAAUAUCAAAAAGAGAUUUUGUGUUAUGAUUUAACUCCAAGCUCAGUUUUUGCAGAGAAGAAGCUGAUAGAUAACACAUGGCUUUCUGAGUUUUUCAGACCCUAAGCCCAUAAAAGCAGGAAAGAGUAUAGUUAAACUCAAUGGAAAACUCAAGACUAAAAAGGCAAAACGUGGAGGAAAAGAGAGAGAUCUUAAGAGGCUCAGAACAAAAACAGCUUUUUCAAUCAAUGAUGUUCAGAAGCAGAACUGGCGUUUAAAGCUGAAUUGUUAUCAUCACAGCAGUAGAUCAACUAACUCAAACCAUAAAUCUGGGGCUAAAAAAUUUAUGGCUCAUAUUAAGAAAUUCAACCAUUGUUAUUUUUCUGCUUCAUUGCCAAAGCUCGGAAGCGCGGAUGAAACACUCAUCAUCGCCAAAUUCUUCAAAAAAAAAGAACCAGAGAUUCAAGUUUGAAACACAAAAAAUAUAGCAGUUCCAAUAGAUGUGUAAAUCAAAAACAAAAAUGAAAUCACCGCUUCAAACCAGAUUUAUAUCCCUGCCUCUAUGACUAGCGCAUCUUUCAUGAAAACUUCGAAAGGAAGCUAAAGGUGAGAAGGAAAGCAAAACCGCAAGAACAAAUUCAAAAAAAUUCAAACAGAUGAUUAGAAUCAAAAGAAAACUGUAGUGUCGCCGUAGAUUUGACACAGAAAAGCCACGGAAAAAGAUGUACAAGGGCUUAACUGCAACACUAGCGGCUGGUUUGAUUUCGCACGAGCAUUGGGGCUGCUUCUUCUUCCUCAAGAACUCAGACGAGCCUGGGAGAGCGACGUGCGAAGAUACCGAAUCCAGGCCAAUCUAAAAGUAAUUAUCAUCGAGAUUAAGACAGAAAAUUAACAGAGGGAUGCAGGAAUGACUACAUCCUUCUGAAAUCGCUUCUGAAAUCUAUGUUCAUCGUCAGAUUUGAGAUGAAUUCUCAGCAGAUGGAAGCAUCAGACAGGGAUAACUGUAUAAUUCAAUUUAUCAUCACCCGAUGAACAAGAUCUGCUCAGAGACUGAAAACUAAUAGAAAAAUCAAGAAUUUCAAAACACGGUUUGAUGCGAAAAGAAUUCAUAUGAACACGAUGAAAAACGAAAACACCGAACCAAGAACUAGAUCGCGAAGAGAUGGAAGGGUUUAUGAUAUCUGGAUGA